CACACACAUUACUUCCAUUCCUACUUUUCUGCUCUGCCUUAUUUCUUACUUUGUCGUAUAAUUAAUAAACACACUACUGCGUGGAUGACCUUUGGCCUGUAAUAUUUUGCUCUGCCUAAGUUUCGUAACAAUUUUGGUCCUAACCCGACUGAGAAAUACCUGAGUGGUGAAAACAGCCCGUCAACUUCCACUUUGGACCCCGGAUUGCUGACCUUUGCCUGAACCUCCUGCAGUCCCGGGGAUCCACCUGUACAUGCCAAUGGACCACGAGUGACCAAGAUUACCAGCAUUUCGUGUCAUACAGCAUUCGGAUUACAAAGAUAAGUGCCGGUUUUAUAAGUUUUGUAAAAUUUUCCCAAGCAUUUCUGUUUUCUUUGAGUACUGUACUUAAAAACUACAAUGAACAUUCAGUUCGCACUUUAACCCGUUCUUAUCUGGCAGCGGUUAAGUUAUUUAAGUACGAUUAAAUCAAAUACUGCCAGUAUCAGUACGGUACACAACAUAUAAACCUGCUGCGUUUCCUGCUGAAUUUGGUUGAUUCUGCUUCAUAAUUUGUCGUAUACUGUUUAAACCUAUUUAACAGCCAAUUAUCACGAUAUGCUUGAAUAACUGUAAAAUUUACACACAAAAAAAAGAAUAACCCGUGCGUGUCGGCUUCUGAUUUUUCGAUUAUGUGAAAAAGACUACCGUAUGUUUCACUUUCAUUUCACAAAUUUUGCUGCUACGUUUCCUCCUGAUUCUUUAAUUUUUCAGUUAAUUCCUUAAAUUUGCUGGUAGUUUACUGAGUCGCUUUACUCAGUUGAGUAUACAUGCUGAUUAAAUCAUCGUUCGGUAAUGCCUCGGUCAUACUUCGUGUUCUAACGAAAAUUGUAGAACUUUUUGCUUAGCACAGGAUCUAACGAAUUUGUUUUAAGUGUUAAGUGUUUAAGUGUUAAACUGUUCGCAAAAGUAUGCUUAGGACAGUUUUAUCGGUGUGCUGGUCAUACUGUUAAAAUUGUUCUGAUAUAAACUUCACCCGUUUGAUCCAAAAAUUUUAAAAUAAAAAUUAGACUACAGUAGCAUGACUUGAUCAGAGUACCAAGAACUUCCAAAAAGUAGAAGAAUUUGAAUUUUGGCUUUCGUAUUUUAAAAACAGUUUUUACCAAUAUUACGCGAUGCAGUUUCCGCUUUUUCGAAAGAAACAAGCAUUAUUGUCUCUUAUUUGUGCCGGUUAUGAACGGUGAAAUUAUGUAUUACAAGUUUUGGAUAGUUAUUAUUACAGAUGUUGGUCGCGCUUUUAAAUGGUAGCAACAAAACUCGUAUCCAAAGAAGUUCAAUGAUAUCCGCAUUAUCAUGACAUAAAAAAAUAGGAAUACGGUGUUGCAGCCAGGAUCCAGUGCCGGUCAUGAGCGCUACUAUUCGUUAAAAGUAUUAAAACAUCUUAAGAAGUUUGAUUAGGCCCCUCCCUACUAAAACAUGUUUUAUAUGGUUAUAAAACAAGUUUUAAAGAUUUUGUUCGAAGAGUGGUCAUAGUUUUUUGUUCUAAGAAAAAGGUGCUUAGAACAGCUUGCGAUCAUACUGUUCACACAUUUUUUGAUUAGAACUGUUUUAAAGGCUUCGAACACGAAGUAUGACCGGGGCAUAACAGUCGCUCGUCGUCCCAGUCAUUAUACCCAGCCCGUUUGAGUCAUUUCUGCUUAUGUUUUAUGACCUAAAGUUUUUGAAGUCUUAUAAGAUUGGGAGCGCUCUGAGUAAUUACCAUACUAUUUUGGGUUUGGUCAAACGCAAUAGACUCAUGUGAGUCAAUUCAACUGAUAAAAGCUGAUCCCAAUGCUGACCAUUUUUCAUGCUGAGAAGCACAUUCCGUUCGCUUUUGUAACAUGUUUGAGUAAUCAGGGUUGGUCCUGGUAAACAUUUGUAUGACCGAUAAAAUACUAAUAAGCGUCCUCAACCGAUCGCCGUAUGACUUCGAAUGAUCAUCCCUUCGCCAGUUUUGAUGACCUGCUCUCCAGUGACGCAUCAUCAAACUAUUUCAGUCCUGUCGAACCUGCUUCGCCUUCUCAAGGUGUUCUGUCAUGCCAAGGUAUUGACUUCCACCUAGUGGUCGCUUCUGCCAGUGAGCUUGAAGGUUCAGCUUUUGAUAACGUAGUACUCCCAUUUGCAGUGAACGUUGAAAGUGUCGGCAACAGAAUGAGUAAUAACGACCGACAUGAUCAUAAAGGUCCACCUAAUGCAGGUGAUAAAGUACACGAAUGCGCAUCAGCUACCAUGAUCGCGCCUCCAAUUCGUGAUCUGCCGAAGUUUAGUAAUUUGGCCUCUGAAGAUGUCGAAGAUUUUAUUAAUGAAUUCGAUGCGCAAGCGCAGGUAUAUGGAUGGCAAGAUGAUCAAAUGGUAAAGUAUAUUCAUGUUUGUCUUAAAGGAAGCGCAUUACAGUGGUUUGUAAUGCACGAAAAGAAAGAUUGCUGGGACGAAAUCUGCCAAGCGCUACGACAGACAUUCGGCAAAAACGCUAUUGAUUACGAUAUCGAUAACCAGUGCAUGUCAAUGCAGGCUGCAGACGACCCACUGGUUUAUGUAAAUCGAAUAACGCGAGUACUGCGUGCCCGAAAUCCAAACGGCUCGCAUAAGGAUGUGCUAUUGCACCUGUUUCAAGGGUUGCCAGACGCUAUGAAGGCGCAGAUGGUACAGUACUUCGACAACCUUGCAGACACAGAUGAUUUCCUUGAUAAACUAAGAAACAUAUCGCGAGCGUACCGCUACCGCUCUCGCCUAUUCGAUACAGUUUAGUAAGAAAGUUUCCAGUUUAGCGAUGUCACGUCGAUUUAUUCGGAAUAUCAGUUUUUACUGCCAGAUUACAGUUAUGUUUCAGUUUUUAUUUUCGGUGCAAGAAAAACGACAUCUGCGUUGAUACGGCAUGCUAAAGUUUAAAUCCGAAGUGAUGCAUGCGGAUUUGCAGUGGAUUACGGUGUACCGACAGGUGCAAUGUUAACAACUACUUUGUACUUCAGUCGUAACUUUACAAGAAAUAAGUCAGCAAAAAUAUGUGUGCACACGUGUCGAGAUGAGUUGAGAAAGGCAGUGGCUAAAGUUAGGCAGCAAAAAUUUGAAAAAUGAUACAGAAAAAAAAAUUUUGUAAAAUACAGCUGCCGUCAGCGAACCGAUAUAGCUUUUACCAAGAGCAAUUAGAAAAUAACAUGAUUUAGUACUACUGACUUGCGCUGGUCGCAAUUUAUGUUUUGGUAACUAAGUCUUGUUGGCUAAUUUCAUAUAGAAAGUCGACGUUCCUUAUGAAAGCGGCGCAUAUUUUCUAAUAAGAUUGUUAUGUGCUUGUCGCGAAAGCAUAUAGUAAUCUGCCGUCACGAGAUUGUGUUGUAGAAGCCACUGUAAGUAAUUACGGGUACCCAAAAAGAAACGGCUAAGCUAUAUUCAGAGUCUCGCUGAAGUUUUGGUGAAUAAAUUAAUGCUGACGUAGAUAUUUGGUAAGGUUGCGGCACAUUGUACCGUGUAAAAUGUCGAAGUUUUCGGAAAUUCGUAUUGUAGAAUUGCCCGAUGUCUUAAAAAUCAGUUCUUGAGAGCCAAUCUGGACUUCAUUUUACUGGUUUAAAUUGCUUGUCAAAUUGUUUUGUUCGUUUUUCAGAAUUCAAAACUGACUGAGGUUUAUUUUUACGUAAUGGUUUUCAUUGCAAUAAGUGCAAUCAGCGGAAGUCACUCCUUGUAAAUUUUACAAUUGGACAGUUUAUAAAAUCUUUCUUGGCAGAAUUUUUUUUCUUGGUUUUAUGUUGGGUGGUUAUGUGGACUGCUUUUUGCUAAUAGCUCUUAUUUUAGCAGUUAAGGGCUUUUCCUGUUUACUGCGUAUGAUAUGUUUUGCAGACUCACGUUAAAUCGUUACCCAGUGUUUCCUUACUAUUUUCCUCGUCCCCGUUGAAAACUAGCGUCGGUAGCAGUAUGCCACCGAGGAACCGAAAAUUCCUUCAUAUGGCGUAUGUUCCAGAUGUACACUCCAUCCCAAACCCCGCAUUAGCGAAACUGCGGAACCGCCGAAUUGCCGGAUAAUUGGAUUUGCUGACCAUGAGCUUCGCAAAACUAAGCGCUUGUUUGUACGGCCGGCCAGCCGUUCUAUUCAAAACUUAUUUAAAAAAAAAAUUAAAAUGCCUCAAAAUUUCCAUUAAAAAUUUAAAAUCCAUAAUACAAAAAAAAGAACAAUAUUUUAUAAAACGCAAAGAUUUUUGUACUUGUUUUUCGAUUCAAAAGUUCUUUUUCUUUUAUUUUAUCAGGAUUUGUCAAAAGCAACCUAUUAUAUUUACCUGCUAAUGAAAAGGUCGAACAUCGUCCUAAUUUUCGUCCGUAGAGUUAGUGCCAAGUACUGUACACAGUCCUUCAUGUCGAUGCGUUUCCAUAAAUUUUUAAUAGCCAUAUUUUGGCUCAGUUGAAUCUGAUUACUUUUAUCGUUUAGGGGCGCAAAUACUUCAUGCAUAAUUAUUGUUUUUAUUAAUCUUCAUACAGCUUUUAAUGUGAGUUUGUUUAGUGACUUGGUUAAAAGUUAGGUGUUCUACACUGCCCGGUUACUUUUAUGCUCGUUGCGACCUUUUCCCGUUUUCUCUAACCAACAAAUUAAGCGGCAAAAAUUGUUCUUGUCUUCGUAAUACGGCCGCGCAUUUCGUGUCACACUCAGCCAUUCUGGGCCGCUAAAUACUCCGACUAGUAACUCUCUUUUCUUCGCAGUAACAUCAAACGGUCUUAAAGAGUCCUAGCGCCAGCAACUUUAGGCGGUUCGGACAAUGCACUCCCAAGGGCUACCGCUCUGGAGUGUUGCGUCACCCGUCGGUGGGGACAAACGUUUUGACCAGUCGGUAGUGGUAAAUGCGCAUAACAUCAAAACCGCGUUCGAUAACAUCAAAAUACGUCGGCACUUUUAAGAAGGAAUGCAAUUAAGACACACAUGCGCUGUGCUGUUAUUGAAGAUAACGAAACAAAAUACCAGUUACUUAAAUGUGUACUUCACUAAGUAAAUGUAUAAAUCAAUACUUAACGUAUUGCUUUGGUUGCAAUAUUUCCGAGCAUACAUGUUGUCGGGCAGCUUUUUAUUAAAACCAGCAUUAAACACGUUUCCGGGUGAGAAGGAUGAGUCUCUAUCUCGUAAUGUGAUAAUAGUGAUAAUGGUAUGCAGCUCAAGGUCGAUUGGUUUUAUCGAUUGUAUCGACAUGAUCGUACUGCCGCACGGUGCUACAAUAAGCAAUACACGACUUUAUGCAGUAUCUGCCGCAUCGGAUGACAAUACGAGUUUAUGAGCGUUAUCGAAGAUAAAGCGGUUAAUUAGAAGCGAGCGGCCUCCUCCUUUCAUCAUCUUCACCGGCACCAGCUUAAUGCACCGCGUCUGAUUUAUUGGCCAGCGCCCAGCUGCAAGAUUCUCCCUCGGACGUGUUAAUUACCUUGUUGUUUUCCAUGCGUGUGGCUGUGCCUAUAUAAAUGUUGCGAGUAACGCAGUCUAAGAAUUAUUGUUUAGUUGCAGCGUUGGUGUGAAUUUGCUUCAGAAGAUCUUUGACGUGAAGAUCUUUGAUUUGCUUCAGAUUGACGUGACCUUUUGGUGUUUUCAACUUAUUCAAGUAAAGUUCUUAUCGACUUUUAGUUUCAUUCUAUGGUACACGUGAAUAGCUAGUUAUACGCAGAUAAGGUUUUCAUUUCAUCGACGGCUAUAUUUGUUAUUGACUUCAUCAGUUAUUUUCGUUUUGUGUUGUUAUUAUAAAUAAUCGUCAUUAUGCCACCUAAAAAGCCUAUCGUCGGUGGUGUUGCCAAGAAAGCUCCUACGCGACGCAACGCAGGUUUAAAGAUCACCUCUUCUGUUGAUUCCCGUGCUGAUGCGUUGGCGGAACUGAUUGUCAAGCAUAAGCAGCUAUCUGAGGAAAUUGCCAAGCUGACGAACGAUUCUGUCUCCCGUUUAUCAUCGGCUUCUCCGGUUCACAAUGCCACGAACGCCGGUACUCAGCUUGCUGCAGGUAAUGGCAGUGUAGUUUACGUUCCAACCGGGAAUAGUAGUUCACAAUUCUUUGACCGUUCGGGUCUUAAGCUGCCCUCUCAGCAUGCUAUCCCGUCUGCCGAUAUCAGUGAUUUGCCUUCGGUGUCAGACAAGUUGGUUCCCUUGUUGUUUGACCACUCUGUCUUUAUCGAUUUUCUCGAGCUAAUGCCUGUUACGCAUGCGACUGAUUUUUCAUCGCCGAAAAUACGCCGAGAUGAUUUGGGUCAUGUGUCUAUCGUAAGCUCUGCAAGCCGACGGGAUUCAUCUAUGACCUUUGCGCAGUGGGUCCGAGCUUAUCAUAUUUUCUUCCGUUAUCGGACUUAUAACCGGCCUGAGUUUGUUGCUCCCAUGAUGAAGUAUUUGGACUUAAUUGCCAGUUUUGUGGAUCCCAAUAAGUCAACCCAAUGGCUUGAUUAUGACAUCCGUUUCCGCAUGUUUGCCCGUAUGAAUCCUACAGUGCCGUCUAUUUGGUCCAUCACUCAUAAUGAUAUUUACCGCGAAUGUUUUCUGCAAAAUUUUGGGAACUAUCGCCACCCCGCUCAAGCUACUCCACCUGCCGGGCGUUUCCCACCUGCUGGCUAUUGUUGCUACAAAUGCAAUGUUCCCGGUCAUUGGAUCCGGAACUGUCCGUUACGUCUUCCUGAAUCAUCAUCUUCCGUCGGACAAGAUCAGCAGCUUUUUCGAGGGCGCGGCGAGAGGGAUGACCCUCUCUGUUCUCAGUGGCAGCGGGGAUUUUGCUCACCACCGUGUCAGUACGGUAAACUGCACCGUUGUUCCGCCUGCGAUUCCGGAGCCCAUGGUUUACGCACAUGCACAAAGCGACUCAACAUUGGUGAAGCCGCUACCAACCGGAUCGACACCUCUUAGACCUGAGGCAUUCCAGCGUCUUCUGGUUAAUCAUCCUGAUCGGCGCUUUAUGCAACCGCCUGGCAGUUAAUGCACCAUCAUAUCUCAGUGUCCACGCGCCGCACCUAUGAGUCAGCUGUGAAGCAGUUCGCGCGUUUUGUUGGCUCUCCAUUGGAUCAAAUUGUCAUUUCUGAAGUUGUGGUGUUGAAUUUCAUUGCACAUCUUUUUCGUCGCGGUCUGAAGUUUGCCUCUGUUAAAACCUAUUUAGCCGCUAUUUCGAAUUUCGCUGUUGAGCACGGCAGUAUUGAUCCAUCUUCAUCAGUACGCAUAUCCCAUGCUUUAAAAGGUUAUCAGCGGCUGAUUCCAGUGGCAGUUGACAGUAGACGGCCGGUAUCUCUGGAUAUUAUGCGCAUUCUCAAAUGCCGGCUUCGAUCAUCCACGUUAUCGCAUUAUGAUCAAAUAUUAUUGUGGUGCGCCUUUUGUUUUGCGUAUUUCGGGUUUUUACGUGUCUCCGAAUUUGCAGUUUCGUCUGUUUAUUACAGCCAUUUUAUCCAGUUGCGCCAUGUGUUUUAUGAUGGUGUUCAAGUUAUGCUUAAUAUCCCCAGUUCGAAGACUGAUCAGUUUGGUUGUGGUUAUACUAUCUCUUUGAAAUCUACCGGACGAUCCGUAUGCCCUGUUCGGGCGUAUUCAGAAUUUAUUUCAGUUCGUGUUUUCAGUACCCCGAUAUCGGCAUUUUUUAUUUUUUCUGACGGUACCGUUUUGUCGCGCUUAUAUCUGGAGCAAUCGCUCCGGAAAUUGUUGCCAGAUUAUCCUACUGUGCAUACUCAUAGUUUUCGCAUCGGAGCCGCGUCCUCAGCUCUGGCCAACAACGUGCCGUAUCACGAAGUCCAAGCCGCUGGCCGUUGGAAAUCAUCGGCGCUGGAUCGCUACGUUCGCAGCAAUAUCAUUAUACCACCACUAUCCUUUUAUUGAUGGCAAUUGAUGGCAUCGGAUGACAAUACGAGUUUACUGUAAUAUAAAUAACUUUUCCUAAUUCCUGCCGCUAAAAGGUGAAUUCUUCUCAGCUGUUGCAGAUAAACCGCAUCCAAAAUCAGCCUUAUGAAAUAACGACCAGCAUAUCUCUGUGCAAGCGAUUAACAACUUAUUGCAUUUCUAUUAUAUAUCAUUUCCUGCUUUAUCAUAUAGUUAUACCGGCUGGCCGACCUGCUUCUUUUUGCAUUGUAUAGACUGAGGACAGUCCUCGUUAAGGAGGAAAGUGUUACGUAAUGGACUUUUCUGUGCAUGAUUAAUCUACUUACUCAUUUAGACUUUGUCAUCUCUGGCACUUUUGCCUAUUUAUACCGGCUUCUUUACGCUACUCACACACAUUACUUCCAUUCCUACUUUUCUGCUCUGCCUUAUUUCUUACUUUGUCGUAUAAU